AGUGUACAACGUGAAGAGUGGCAAGAUGAAGAAGUGUUUCAAAGGUUCUACAAGUGACGACGGAACACUGUUGAAGGUGAGCGGAGACAUCGCUAUUUAACUAAUGGGACAAACCUAUCUAAUGUCAUAUUAGCUUUCUACUGUAUGUCAACGUUUCUUAUUCCAUGGUUUGUUGUCAUUUUGUGCAACUAGGUUCAGAUGGACCCCGCUGGGAUCUACCUAGCAACAAGCUGCUCUGAUAAGAGCAUCUGUAUCUUUGACUAUGAGUCAGGAGAGUGUGUGGCCACCUUGUUCGGUCACUCAGGUAGCUCUACUCUUCCUCACCUCUUUCCUCCUCUUCCUCCUCCCGUCUCUGGUGCCCUCUGACUCCUCCUCUUCCUCCUCCCGUCUCUGGUACCCUCUGACUCCUCCUUUUCCUCCUCCCGUCUCUGGUGCCCUCUGACUCCUCCUCUUCCUCCUCCCGUCUCUGGUGCCCUCUGACUCCUCCUCUUCCUCCUCCCGUCUCUGGUGCCCUCUGACCCUCUUCCUCCUCCCGUCUCUGGUGCCCUCUGACCCUCUGACUCCUCUUCUUCCUCCUCCCGUCUCUGGUGCCCUCUGACCCUCUGACUCCUCCUCUUCCUCCUCCCGUCUCUGGUGCCCUCUGACCCUCUGACUCCUCCUCUUCCUCCUCCCGUCUCUGGUGCCCUCUGACCCUCUGACUCCUCCUCUUCUCCGUAGAGAUUGUAACUGGGAUGAGGUUCAGCCAGGACUGCAGACACCUCAUCACCGUAUCUGGAGACAGGUAAACAUGCUCCUUAGCCAAACUAUUUUAGGCAGUGGGCAACAGGUGACCUUCCUUUUUUACAAUGACAGAGUAAACACUGCCCUACCAUAUCCUUCUGAGGCUGUUUCCGGAUACAGUUAGUUUCAGUUGUGUUCUGUGUUUGUCUGUCUCUAGCUGUGUGUUCCUGUGGAGGCUGGACUCCCAGAUGACUAACUCUAUGAGGAAGAGGCUGGCUGAGAGGAAACAGAACUACUGCCAGAGCCCCGACAAAGGAGCAUGUUAUCAGGUAUCUACACUGAACUAAAAUAUAAACGCAACAUGUACAGUGUUGGUUCCCAUGAUUCAUGAGCUGAAAUAAAAGAUCCCAGAAAUGUUCCCUACGCACAAAAAGCUUAUUUCUCUCAAAUGUGCACAUUUGUUUACAUCCCCUUUAGUGCACAUUUCACCUUUGCCAAGAUAAUUCAUCCACCUGACAGGUGUGGCAUAUCAAGAAGCUGAUUAAACAGCAUGAUCAUUACACAGGUGCACCUUGUGCUGUGGACAAUAAAAGGCCACUCUAAAAUGUGCAGUUUUGUCAUACAACACAAUGCCACAGAUGUCUCAAGUUUUGAGGGAGUGUGCAAUUGGCAUGCUGACUGCAGGAAUGUCCACCAGAGCUGUUACCAGAUAAUUGAAUGUUCAUUUCUUUACCAUAAGCCACCUCCAACUUCGUUUUAGAGAAUUUGGCAGUACGUCCUACCGGCCUCACAACCGCAGACCACAUGUAUGGCGUCGUGUGGGUCAGCAGUUUGCUGAUGUCAACGUUGUGAACAGAGUGCCGCAUGGUGGGGUUAUGGUAUGGGCAGGCAUAAGCUACGGACAACGAACACAAUUGCAUUUUAUCGAUGGCAAUUUGAAUACACAGAGAUACCGUUACGAGAUCCUGAGGCCCAUUGUUGUGCCAUUCAUCCGCCGCCAUCACCUCGUUUCAGCAUGAUAAUGCCCGGCCCCAUGUCACAAGGAUCUGUACACAAUUCCUGGAAGCUAUCCCAGUUCUUCCAUGGGCUGCAUACUCACCAGACGUCACCUAGUGAGCAUGUUUGGGAUGCUCUGGAUCGACAUGUACGACUGUGUGUUCCAGUUCCUGCCAAUAUCCAGCAACUUCACACAGCCAUUGAAGAGGAGUGGGACAACAUUCCACAGGCCACAAUCAACAGCCUGAUCAAUUCUAUUCGAAGGACUUAUGUCGCGCUGCAUGAGGCAAAUGGUGGUCACACCAGAUACUGACUGGUUUUCUGAUCCACGCCCAUACCUUUUUUUAAAGGUAUCUGUGACCAACGGAUGCAUAAUUCUAUUCCCAGUCGUGAAAUCCAUAACUCAGUAAAAUCUUUGAAAUUGUUGCGUUUUUAUAUUUUUUGUCUGGGAAUACAGAUAUGCAUCUGUUGGUCACAGAUACCUUACAUUUUAUUUUUUUUUUAAAUAAAAGUAGGGGCGUGGUUCAGAAAACCGGUCAGUAACCAACAUCGUGUUCGUGAGAGUCUCCCCUUUCCAUAGAGUGGUCUUAAUAGUUUUUAGGCCAAACCAUUCGGACGCUACAGACGUUUUCGUGAGAAGACUGAUUUUCAGGAUGUCUCCAUGGUCUGACGAACACCGCUGUAGCUCGGCCACUUUCCACUACCUAUGUCGGCCUUCCGCAUCUGGAUUGAGACGCAUAGAAACUGAUAUCACUAGCUUAAACUGACGGAUUUUGAUUAUGUUAUAUUGACGCACAAAGGAUUUUUAAGCCUUGAGACAACAAUUGAGAAAUGGAUUGUGUAUGUGUGCCAUUUAGAGGGUGACUGGGCAAGACAACAUUUGUCCCUUUUGAGCGGGGUAUGGCAGUAGGUGCCAGGCGCACCAGGACCAUUUCACAUGGUCAGAAAAACCUGUACUUCGACAGCCCCUCAGUCUCUCCAAUUCAUUCCCUCUACCACAGCUAUUACUUUAGACUAGAGCUGAGAACUAAUGCUAAUUUGUUCCAUUUUAUAACCUUGCCUGAUUUUGAAUCGGUCAUUCUCAGUUCUAGUAAAGGCACGGCUCUAUAGAAGUUAUCUGGUGACAGACAGCCUGUCUGUGGGUGGGUGUGAGGUGUCUGUGGGUGGGUGUGAGGUGUCUGUGGGUGGGUGUGAGGUGUCUGUGGGUGGGUGUGAGGUGUCUGUGGUGGGUGUGAGGUGUCUGUGGGUGGGUGUGAGGUGUCUGUGGGUGGGUGUGAGGUGGGUGUGGUGGGUGUGGGUGUGAGGUGUCUGUGGGUGGGUGUGAGGUGGGUGUGGGUGGGUGGGUGUGAGGUGGGUGUGAGGUGGGUGUGGGUGGGUGGGUGUGAGGUGUCUGUGGGUGGGUGGGUGUGAGGUGUCUGUGGGUGGGUGGGUGUGAGGUGUCUGUGGGUGUGAGGUGUCUGUGGGUGGGUGGGUGUGAGGUGUCUGUGGGUGGGUGGGUGUGAGGUGUCUGUGGGUGGGUGAGUGAGGUGUGUGUCGGUCAGUGUGUGUGAAGUGUCUGUUUCUGUGUGUCCAGGAGAGAGACCUUCAUCACUGUGCCGUUCGGCUGCCUCCCCCAGACAGAAGAGGAAGAUGAUCCCAGGACUCCAGCUAGAUGUGACAUCACUCAUGGUAAGACCACUCAUAUUAACUUACAGAGAUUACAUAAGAGUGUGGAAUUGAAUCAGGAAUGUGAAUGAAUUCAGAAAUUCAAUUUGCGAAUAACAAUGACUCUCCAUGCCACAAGCUCAGAGAAGGGGAAACUGUUCGAAUUUGCAACAGACUUUGGCUUAAUCAAUGUUUUAACAGUCUCUCCUCCAGACUUUGGCUUAAUCAAUGUUCUAACAGUCUCUCCUCCAGACGUUCUUGCUCUUGACCCCAUGGUUCUACAGACCAACGGCAAACUGCCCAUGUGGGCCAGGAAACUGGUGAGUCUGACGGGACCGUAUAGUCUAUAUCAGGGCUGCCCAACUCCGGUCCUGCAGGGCCCAGACACUUCUGGUCUUCAUCCUCUCCUUCAAUUAACUACCAGUAGAAACAAAAACCAGAAAUGUUUUGGCCCUCCAUGUCCGGAAUUGAAUAGCCCUGAUAGACCAAUGUCUCCUGGGAAUUGUCUUAAUACUAGUCUGGAUAAGAUUAAGACAUAGAAUAUAAACAGUGUUAUAGAAUUGAGCAUCAGCUUCCCCAGCUAGUGCCUUCAAAGUAUUCACACCCCUUGAUCUUUUUCCACAUUUUGUUGUUACAGCCUGAAUUUAAAAUGUAUUACAUUUCAUCAACAAGAAAGUCACUGGCCUACACACAAUACCCCGUAAUGUCAAAGUGGAAUUCUAUUUUUCAAAAUGUGUACACAUUUUGAAAAAAUGAAAAGCUUAAAUGUCUUGAGUCAAUAAGUAUUCAUCCCCUUUGUUGUGGCUAGACUAAAUACGUUCAGGAGGAAAAAUGUGCUUAACAAGUCACAUAAUAAGUUACAUGGACUCACUCUGUGUGCAAUAAUAGUGUUUAACAUGAUUUUUGAAUGACUACCUCAUCUUUGUACCCCACACAUACAAUUAUCUGUAAGGUUCCUCCGUCGAGCAGUGAAUUUCAACCACAAAGACCAGGGAGGUUUUCCAAUGCCUCGAAAGAAGGGCACCUAUUGGUAGAUGGGUAAAAAAUAAAAAAAGCAGACAUUGAAUAUCCCUUUGGGCAUGAUGAUGUUAUUAAUUACACUUUGGAUGGUGUCUCAAUAUACCCAGCCACUACAAAGAUACAGGCGUCCUUCUUAACUCAGUUGCCGGAGAGGAAGGAAACCACUUAGGGAUUUCACCAUGAGGCCAAUGGUGACUUUAAAACAGUUACAGAGUUUAAUGAUAGGAGAAAACUGAGGAUGGAUCAACAACAUUGUAGUUACUCCACAAUACUAGCCUAAUUGACAGAGUAAAGCCUUUACUAAAUAAACUGAAGUAAAACUGCAAAAAAUGUGGCAAAGCAGUUCACUUUAUGUCCUGAAUACAAAGUGUUAUGUUUGGGGCAAAUCCAAUACAACACAUUGAGUACCACUUUCAAUAUUUUUAAGCAUAGUGGUGGCUGCAUCAUGUUAUGGGUAUGCUUGUAAUCGUUAAGGACUGUGGAGUUUUUCGGGAUAAAAAAGAAACAGACUGGAGCUAAACACAGGAAAAAUCCUAGAGGAAAACCUGGGUCAGUCUGCUUUCCAACAGACACUGGGAGAUGAAUUCAGCUUUCAGCAGGACAAUAAUCUAAAACACACGGCCAAAUCUACACUGGAGUUGCUUACCAAGAAGAGAGUGAAUGUUCCUGAGUGGCCGAGUUAGUUUUGACUUACACUGAACAAAAAUAUAAACGCAACAUGUAAAGUGUUGGGCCCAUGUUUCAUCAGCUGAAAUAAAAAAUGCCAGAAAUGUUCCAUACGCAAAAAAGCUUUUUUCUCUAAAAUUGUGCACAAAUUUGUUUACAUCCCUGUUAGUGAGCAUUUAUCCUUUGCCAAUAUAAUCCAUAAAACUGACAGGUGUGGCAUAUCAAGAAGCUGAUUAAACAGCAUGGUCACUACACAGGUGCACCUUGUGCUGGGAACAAUAAAAGGCCACUCUAAAAUGUGCAGUUUUGUCACACAACACAAUGCCACAGGUGUCUCAAGUUUUGAGGGAGCAUGCAAUUGGCAUGCUGACUGCAGGAAUGUUCACCAGAGCUGUUGCCAGAGAAUUGAAUGGUAAUUUCUCUACCAUAAGCCGCCUCCAACGUCGUUUUAGAGAAUUUGGCAGUACGUCCUACCGGCCUCACAUCCGCAGACCAUGUGUAACCACACCAGCCCAGGACCUCUACAUCCGGCUUUGUGGGGAAAAACUCAUUCUGAUUGGUUGGGCCUGGCUUUACUGUAUAAAGCUGCAUGAAGAUCUAUGGCAAAACUUGAAAAUGGUUGUCUAGCAACGAUCAAAAACAAAUUUGACAGAGCUUGAAGAAUUUUGAAAAGAAUAAUGGGCAAAUAAUGUACAAUCAAGGUGUGCAAUGCUGUUAAGUCGUGUUCACAUUGGCAGUUUGAACUGUCUCAAAUCCUAUUUAUUUCCAUAUAUAAUCUUUUUUCUUUUUCCUGCAGUCUGAACAGCCAAAACGCACAUGGAAUCGGAUAUUUCAAGCCGCAUUUCAAACCACCUUUGUAGGUGGUUUGAAGUCAGAUAUAAAUCUGAUUUCUGGCCAUGUGACUUGUCUGAACGGUCAAAUCUGAUUUUAUUUUCCCUCGUGGGUUUUAGACUUAUUCAGCACAUCUUGUUGCUUGCUAGCUACUCUGUUGACAGUUUGACAAGAACAUGUGGUACGUUAGCUAACUAGCUUGUUAAUCGUUUAGAAAGAAAUGAGUGAAUGUGUUAGAAAGCUAAACAGCCGGCUAGCUAGUUGACUGCUGUGGCUAGCCGAAAAGGAGUCCUUUUGAAAGUUGGAUCAUCUUAUCCUUUGAGGCUUUAAAAGUGUUCUUACACUAUAUGAUUUAGAACAUUCAAAACUGGGAAACGUCACUACAGACCCUGGUUAAAUUCCAGGCUGUAUCACAAUCCGGCCGUGAUUGGGCGGCGCACAAUUGGCCCAGCGUCGACCCGGGUUUAGCCGGUGUAGGCCGUCAUUGUAAAUAAGAAUUUGUUCUUAACUGACUUGCCUAGUUAAAUAAAGGUAAAAUAAAAAUAAUAAAAAAUAAAAACAUGUAUUGACUCAGGGGUUUGAAUACCUAUGCAACUUAGAUUCCUGUAUUUAAUUUUCAAUAAAUGUGCCAGAAUUUGUAAAAACAUAUUUUAACUUUUUCAUUAUGGAGUAUUGUGUGUAGAUGGGUGAGGUGAAAAAAAUAUAUUUAAUCCAUUUAGAAUUCAGGCUGUAACACAAUGUGGAAUAAGUAGAGGGGUAUGAAUACAUUCUGAAGUACUGUAUCUGUAUGUUAAGUAGAGGGGUAUGAAUACGUUCUAAUGGCACUAGCUGUAUGUUCAGUAGAGAGGUAUGAAUACUUUUUAUUUUUAAUGUUUUAUUUUUAAUGUUAUUUAUUUUAUUUAUUUAUUAUUUUUUUAUAAUUAUUUUGGGGGGAUGGAUCAGCUUAAUAUUGCAGAUAGAUUGUAUCUUCUAUCAAUGUAAUUGUCUGCAUCACUUCCAAUCCCCCAUGUUUUUUUUAUUUUAAUUUUUUGUUUUUUUAUAUAUAUACUCCCCUUUAUUACUUUUCAACCCCACUAGGUAUGAAUACUUUCUGAAGGACUGUAGCUGUAUUUUAAGUGAUGUGACUCAGUCUUGUGGUGGUUCCCUCACUCUAAUGGUUAGAUGUUGCCUCUAUGGCUAUGUUGCAAUUGGAACCCUAUCCCCUAUGUAGUGCACUUUAACAGAGCCUUUUGUCAUUUGAGAUGGUCUCUCUGUUAUGUCAGGGUCCUGCAGCAGGCACCGCCGAGCUCCAGCCAGCCCCCCUCCAGCCGCGCGGGCGCUGGGCAGAGCAGCUCAACCCCCUGGCCAUCCGCGCUGUCCUGGAGACACACAGCCUGCAGCGCCCUCUCUCCCCCACCCCCCGGAGAGCAGAGGGACCAGGAGAGGAGGAGGAGGAGGAGGAAGAUCCAUACUUCCACCCUCAGAGCCUGGACAGCCUUCUGGGAGAGGAGGAGGAGGAAGAGGUGGUGAUGGAGGAGGAGGAAGAGGUGGUGAUGGAGGAGGAGGAAGAGGUGGUGAUGGAGGAGGAGGAAGAGGUGGUGGAGGACGACGAAGACCAGGUCUGUUUAAAGAGAUACUUUACGCACAAAUCUUUUUUUUUUAUCUCAGAAGUGGUAUGUCGAUGGUUCUAUAUUGUUGCCAAUCAGUCCAGACAAACAUUACAUUUACAUAUUUGUUGUUGUUGUUGUUGUUGUUUAGGGUUCUGGGUCUCUUCAGAGGCCUGGGUUCCUGGCCCUACCGGACAGUGACGACAUGUUUGGUCCAGGCCUCAGCUCUCCAGAGAGGAGUAGCUACAUCCUCUACCCUGCCAACAGCACCACGCUGUCCACUGGAGGAAGAGAGGGGUGAGCGAGAGUGGAUCGGUCUGCUUGGAAAUCUAUUUACUGUUCUCUCAAAAUGAGUUUGAUGUAGGGAUGCUGUGUGUAUGAGGUUGUGUUUAUGUAGGGAUGCUGUGUGUAUGAGGUUGUGUUUAUGUAGGGAUGCUGUGUGUAUGAGGUUGUGUUUAUGUAGGGAUGCUGUGUGUAUGAGGUUGUGUUUAUGUAGGGAUGCUGUGUGUAUGAGGUUGUUAUAGGUUGUGUGAUGAUGCUGUGUGUAUGAGGUUGUUAUAGGUUGUGUGAUGAUGCUGUGUGUAUGUGGUUGUGUUUAUGUAGGGAUGCUGUGUGUAUGUGGUUGUGUUUAUGUAGGGAUGCUGUGUGUAUGAGGUUGUGUUUAUGUAGGGAUGCUGUGUGUAUGAGGUUGUGUUUAUGUAGGGAUGCUGUGUGUAUGAGGUUGUGUUUAUGUAGGGAUGCUGUGGGUAUGAGGUUGUGUUUAUGUAGGGAUGCUGUGUGUAUGAGGUUGUGUUUAUGUAGGGAUGCUGUGUGUAUGAGGUUGUGUUUAUGUAGGGAUGCUGUGUGUAUGAGGUUGUGUUUAUGUAGGGAUGCUGUGUGUAUGAGGUUGUUUAUGUAGGAUGCUGUGUGUAUGGUUGUGUUUAUGUAGGGAUGCUGUGUGUAUGAGGUUGUGUUUAUGUAGGGAUGCUGUGUGUAUGAGGUUGUGUUUAUGUAGGGAUGCUGUGUGUAUGAGGUUGUUAUAGGUUGUGUGAUGAUGCUGUGUGUAUGAGGUUGUUAUAGGUUGUGUGAUGAUGCUGUGUGUAUGAGGUUGUUAUAGGUUGUGUGAUGAUGCUGUGUGUAUGAGGUUGUUAUAGGUUGUGUGAUGAUGCUGUGUGUAUGUGGUUGUGUUUAUGUAGGGAUGUUGUGUUUAUGUAGGGAUGCUGUGUGUAUGAGGUUGUGUUUAUGUAGGGAUGCUGUGUGUAUGAGGUUGUGUUUAUGUAGGGAUGCUGUGUGUAUGAGGUUUGUGUUUAUGUAGGGAUGCUGUGUUGUAUGAUGUUUGUGUUUAUGUAGGGAUGCUGUGUGUAUGAGGUUGUGUUUAUGUAGGGAUGCUGUGUGUAUGAGGUUGUGUUUAUGUAGGGAUGCUGUGUGUAUGAGGUUGUGUUUAUGUAGGGAUGCUGUGUGUAUGAGGUUGUGUUUAUGUAGGGAUGCUGUGGGUAUGAGGUUGUGUUUAUGUAGGGAUGCUGUGUGUAUGAGGUUGUGUUUAUGUAGGGAUGCUGUGGGUAUGAGGUUGUGUUUAUGUAGGGAUGCUGUGUGUAUGAGGUUGUGUUUAUGUAGGGAUGAUGUGUGUAUGAGGUUGUUAUAGGUUGUGUGAUGAUGCUGUGUGAUGAUGCUGCUGUGUAUAUAUCUGGUGGUCCUCUGUAGCUCACUUGGUAGAGCAUGGUGCUUGCAACGCCAGGAUAGUGGCUUCAACACCGAUACCUUUAAAACAUGUUUGCACGCAUGCCUGGUGUGUGUGUGUGUGUGUGUGUGUGUGUGUGUGUGUGUGUGGAUCUCCUCUGUGUGUGUGUGUGUGUGUGUGUGUGUGUGUGUGUGUGUGUGUGGGUCUCCUCUGUGUGUGUGUGUGCAGUGAGUUUGGCCAGCAGCACCAGCAGCAGCAGGGCUGGGGAGGAGAGGAGGAGCUGAGUCCAGACAGCGCCUGUUGUGUUGGUUCUGCAGAGAGCCAGGACCAACCCCAGGAUGGUAGGUCUAGUAUACGCAACUACUACUAUAAUACUAAUACUACUACAAUACUACUACAAUACUACUACUGUAGCCAUAGGAUGGUAAGACUAGUCUACACUACUAUAAUACUAUUACUACCACUACACGACUAUAAUACUACUACUACUCUAUAAUAUUACUACUAUAAUACUACUACUGCUGCUAAUAUUACUACUUUAAUACUAAUACUGCUGCUAAUACUACUACUACUACUACUCGACUACUCUAGCCAUAGGAUGGUAAAACUAGUAUAUGCUACUAUAAUACUAAUACUACUGUACUACUACUCUAUAAUAUUACUACUAUAAUACUACUAUUAUUCUACUACAAUACUAAUACUACUCUACUACUCUAGCCAUAGGAUGGUAAAACUAGUAUUACUACUACUACUCUACUAUCAUGUACUCUACUACUAUAAUACUAGUAUUACUACUACUACUCUGUUACUAUAAUUCUACUACUAUAAUACUACUAUAGACUGAGUCCAGGGCCCUUCCAUCACCAUGGCCGUCUCCAAUAAUGUUUGUGUGUAAAAAUAAAUGUAAAUAGUUUAAAUGUGUUCUAAAUAGUUUUUUGGGGGAUGCGAAAAUAGAACAUUUUAUUGGAUGUGAUUAAAGAAAAAGAAAAAAAAAAGUAGUGUGAUUUUAAAUGCCAGGAUUUCAUAAUUAUUUUGGCUUUUCAUCUAGUAGAAUUUGCUUUACACUAUUGAGGAAGAGAUUUGUUUUUCAUGUCACAUGUCCCACCUGAGUUUGACAACAGAUGAUAAUCAGAUAUGGUGACAUGCUGUACCAAAAUGAACGAAUGGCGGGAAUCAAUGGUAUUGUGCAUUAGAUGACGUAUUCUCAGUAGGAGGAGCCUAGUAUGUUGAUAUUCUCAGUAGGAGGAGCCUAGUAUGAUGAUAUUCUCAGUAGGAGGAGCCUAGUAUGUUGAUAUUUGUUGCUUACUGCAUUCGAUUUGACUAAAUAGUACGUUCUAAAAUAGUAUGCAGUAUGAUUAGUACACAGUUUUAGUAAGUAGUAGGCAAGAUAGGCUGUGUCCGAAAUCUAUGUCAAAUAGUGUUGUUGUUGAUCCUGACUCCUCUCCUCUCCCUGCAGAUACAGACUCCCUGACUCCUCUCCUCCCCCUUGCCAGAUACAGACUCCCUGACUCCUCUCCUUGCCGAUACAGACUCCCUGACUCCCUCUCCUGCCAAUACAGACUCCCUGACUCCUCUCCUUGCCGAUAACAGACUCCCUGACUCCUCCUCUCGCCGAUACAGACCCCUGACUCCUCUCCUCCCCCUGCAGAUACAGACUCCCUGACUCCUCUCCUUGCCAAUACAGACUCCCUGACUCCUCUCCUCUCCUUGCCAAUACAGACUCCCUGACUCCUCUCCUCGCCGAUACAGACUCCCUGACUCCUCUCCUCCAUCCUCCCUGUCUCUCUGCAUACAGACUCCCUGACUCCUCUCCUCUGCCGAAUACAGACUCCCUGACUCCUCUCCUUGCCAAUACAGACUCCCUGACUCCUCUCCUCGCCGAUACAGACUCCCUGACUCCUCUCCUCCCCCUGCAGAUACAGACUCCCUGACUCCUCUCCUCCCCCUGCAGAUACAGACUCCCUGACUCCUCUCCUUGCCAAUACAGACUCCCUGACUCCUCUCCUCCCCUGCCGAUACAGACUCCCUGACCCCUCCUCCAUCUCCUUCCUCCUUGCCAGAUACAGACUCCCUGACUCCUCUCCUCCUCCUGCCCCUUUCCGAUACAGACUCCCUGACUCCUCUCCUCACCUCGCCGAUACAGACUCCCUGACUCCUCUCCUUGCCGAUACAGACUCCCUGACUCCUCUCCUUGCCGAUACAGACUCCCUGACUCCUCUCCUUGCCGAUACAGACUCCCUGACUCCUCUCCUUGCCGAUACAGACUCCCUGACUCCUCUCCUUGCCGAUACAGACUCCCUGACUCCUCUCCUUGCCGAUACAGACUCCCUGACUCCUCUCCUUGCCGAUACAGACUCCCUGACUCCUCUCCUUGCCGAUACAGACUCCCUGACUCCUCUCCUCGCCGAUACAGACUCCCUGACUCCUCUCCUCGCCGUUACAGACUCCCUGACUCCUCUCCUCUUGUCUCCCCCUGCAGAUACAGACUCCCUGAGCCAGGUGAGUUCUACAGGUAGCUCUGGAGUGGAGGAAGAGGAGGAAGAUCCACAGACACUCCUUAGACAACACUUUGACACCAUGGCCAACCACCUGAGCAACGAGGGUACGGAUGAUAAUGUGGUAGUGUGCCGCUAGCCUCUUGUCAGGGUAGUGGAGUUGAGCUAUUUUCUCACAGAAAGGUGCACAACUGCUCCAGCGCUCCACCUCCUUUUUCCGACAGCUCUGCUAAAAACCGCUCCUCGCUCACAAAAAAAAAAAAAAGAAGUAGUAUGAUUUAAAUGCCAGGAUGUCAUAGUCAUAGCUCAAUUGGUAGAGCAUGGCGCUUGUUACGCCAGGGUAGUGGGUUCGAUCCCCGGGACCACCCAUACGUAAAAAUGUAUGCACACAUGACUGUAAGUGGCUUUGGAUAAAAGCGUCUGCUAAAUGACAUAUUAUAUUACCAUCAUGCUUUCGGGAUACGUGUCUUUUCAGAUUCCACAAUGAUUAUUUAGUUGUGGACACUACAUCACCUACAUCCCUCUUGCUCUUGGUCCUCAUCUUUGGAAGUCACCUUGAGCUAAAUUGGAGCGGGUGAGAAGGCCGACGCUCCAGCCUUUGGGAAACUCUCUCCGCGCUGCAGUCAAAUUGGACACGCUCCGCUCCAGCUCCGCUCACAUACUCUGGUCUGGGUCAAACCCUAACCAGUCCAUGGACCAGACUGGUCUGGGUCUAACCCUAACCAGUCCAUGGACCAGACUGGUCUGGGUCUAACCCUAACCAGUCCAUGGACCAGACUGGUCUGGGUCUAACCCUAACCAGUCCAUGGACCAGACUGGUCUGGGUCUAACCCUAACCAGUCCAUGGACCAGACUGGUCUGGGUCUAACCCUAACCAGUCCAUGGACCAGACUGGUCUGGGUCUAACCCUAACCAGUCCAUGGACCAGACUGGUCUGGGUCUAACCCUAACCAGUCCAUGGACCAGACUGGUCUGGGUCUAACCCUAACCAGUCCAUGGACCAGACUGGUCUGGGUCUAACCCUAACCAGUCCAUGGACCAGACUGGUCUGGGUCUAACCCUAACCAGUACACGGACCAGACUGGUCUGGGUCUAACCCUAACCAGUCCAUGGACCAGACUGGUCUGGGUCUAACCCUAACCAGUCCAUGGACCAGACUGGUCUGGGUCUAACCCUAACCAGUCCAUGGACCAGCCAGAUGGACAGAUGUGGUUGAGUCUAGGCUAGUGUCUCAUUACCCAUUUAAAAAGAACAGUUUGGAUGUAUUGUUUAUUUUUAUUUAACCUUUAUUAACUAGGCAAGUCAGUUAAGAACAAAUUCUUAUUUACAAUGACGGCCUGCACCGGCCAAACCCGGGCCGACGCUGGGCCAAUUGUGCGUCGCCCUAUGGGACUCCCAAUCACGGCCGGUUGUGAUACAGCCUGGAAUCGAACCAGGGGGUCUGUAGUGACGCCUCAAGCACUGAGCUGCAGUGCCUUAGAACGCUGCGCCACUCGGGAGCCCAUUGUAAGUACAGUUUGUAGCUAGCUAUAACUGAUAUACACUGCUCAAAAAAAUAAAGGGAACACUUAAACAACACAAUGUAACUCCAAGUCAAUCACACUUCUGUGAAAUCAAACUGUCCACUUAGGAAGCAACACUGAUUGACAUUACAUUUCACAUGCUGUUGUGCAAAUGGAAUAGACAACAGGUGGAAAUUAUAGGCAAUUAGCAAGACACCCCCAAUAAAGAAGUGGUUCUGCAGGUGGUGACCACAAACCACUUCUCAGUUCCUAUGCUUCCUGGCUGAUGUUUUGGUCACUUUUGAAUGCUGGCGGUGCUUUCACUCUAGUGGUAGCAUGAGACGGAGUCUACAACCCACACAAGUGGCUCAGGUAGUGCAGCUCAUCCAGGAUGGCACAUCAAUGCGAGCUGUGGCAAGAAGGUUUGCUGUGUCUGUCAGCGUAGUGUCCAGAGCAUGGAGGCGCUACCAGGAGACAGGCCAGUACAUCAGGAGACGUGGAGGAGGCCGUAGGAGGGCAACAACCCAGCAGCAGGACCGCUACCUCCGCCUUUGUGCAAGGAGGAGCAGGAGGAGCACUGCCAGAGCCCUGUAAAAUGACCUCCAGCAGGCCACAAAUGUGCAUGUGUCUGCUCAAACGGUCAGAAACAGACUCCAUGAGGGUGGUAUGAGGGCCCGACGUCCACAGGUGGGGGUUGUGCUUACAGCCCAACACCGUGCAGGACGUUUGGCAUUUGCCAGAGAACACCAAGAUUGGCAAAUUCGCCACAUCUUCACAGAUGAAAGCAGGUUCACACUGAGCACAUGUGACAGACGUGACAGAGUCUGGAGACGCCGUGGAGAACGUUCUGCUGCCUGCAACAUCCUCCAGCAUGACCGGUUUGGCGGUGGGUCAGUCAUGGUGUGGGGUGGCAUUUCUUUGGGGGGCCGCACAGCCCUCCAUGUGCUCGCCAGAGGUAGCCUGACUGCCAUUAGGUACCGAGAUGAGAUCCUCAGACCCCUUGUGAGACCAUAUGCUGGUGCGGUUGGCCCUGGGUUCCUCCUAAUGCAAGACAAUGCUAGACCUCAUGUGGCUGGAGUGUGUCAGCAGUUCCUGCAAGAGGAAGGCAUUGAUGCUAUGGACUGGCCCGCCCGUUCCCCAGACCUGAAUCCAAUUGAGCACAUCUGGGACAUCAUGUCUCGCUCCAUCCACCAACGCCACGUUGCACCACAGACUGUCCAGGAGUUGGCGGAUGCUUUAGUCCAGGUCUGGGAGGAGAUCCCUCAGGAGACCAUCCGCCACCUCAUCAGGAGCAUGCCCAGGCAUUGUAGGGAGGUCAUACAGGCACGUGGAGGCCACACACACUACUGAGCCUAAUUUUGACUUGUUUUAAGGACAUUACAUCAAAGUUGGAUCAGCCUGUAGUGUGGUUUUCCACUUAAAUUUUGAGGGUGACUCCAAAUCCAGACCUCCAUGGGUUGAUAAAUUUGAUUUCCAUUGAUAAUUUUUGUGUGAUUUUUUUGUCAGCACAUUCAACUAUGUAAAGAAAAAAGUAUUUAAUAAGAUUAUUUCAUUCAUUCAGAUCUAGGAUGUGUUGUUUAAGUGUUCCCUUUAUUUUUUUGAGCAGUGUGUAUUCUGCCCCUGUAGAGAAGUUUGAGACCGACCUAUCCAGUCUGCAGCCUCCACCCCUAGAGACAGAGAGCCUCUUCCUCAACCCCAGGUUCAGCAUCUCGACACGCUUCCUGUCUCGUUUCCAGAGCCGCCUCCGGUCAGUAACACCUCACCUUACCUUAUGCCGCGUUCAAAACAACUGGGAACUCGGGAAUCUCCGACGUCAGUGCGUUCAAGACAACUGGGAACUGUAAUCCAACUCGGAAUUCCAAGUCGGAAACUCUGGCAUCUUUCUAGAGCUCAGACUUUCCGAGCUGAAGAGCGCUGACGUCAUGAUUUGAGUUAGUUUUUUUUCCCAGAGUUCCCAGUUGUCUUGAAAGCACCAUUACCUCAGUCACACCUUACCUCACCUCAGUAACACCUAACCAUACCUUACCAUACCUCAAUAACACCUCACCAUAUCAGUCACACCUGCCCCCUGUAUGGAUGCAGUGUGUAGUUAGUAUUGAUGCAGUGUGUAGUUAGUAUUGAUGCAGUGUGUAGUUAGUAUUGAUGCAGUGUAGUUAGUAUUGAUGCAGUUAGUAUUGAUGGCAGUGUGUAGUUAGUAUUGAUGCAGUGUGUAGUUAGUAUUGAUGCAGUGUGUAGUUAGUAUUGAUGCAGUGUGUAGUUAGUAUUGAUGCAGUGUGUAGUUUAGUAUUGAUGCAGUGUGUAGUUUAGUAUUGAUGCAGUGUGUAGUUUAGUAUUGAUGCAGUGUGUAGUUAGUAUUGAUGCAGUGUGUAGUUAGUAUUGAUGCAGUGUGUAGUUAGUAUUGAUGCAGUGUGUAGUUAGUAUUGAUGCAGUGUGUAGUUAGUAUUGAUGCAGUGUGUAGUUUAGUAUUGAUGCAGUGUGUAGUUUAGUAUUGAUGCAGUGUGUAGUUAGUAUUGAUGCAGUGUGUAGUUAGUAUUGAUGCAGUGUGUAGUUAGUAUUGAUGCAGUGUGUAGUUAGUAUUGAUGCAGUGUGUAGUUAGUAUUGAUGCAGUGUGUAGUUAGUAUUGAUGCAGUGUGUAGUUUAGUAUUGAUGCAGUGUGUAGUUAGUAUUGAUGCAGUGUGUAGUUUAGUAUUGAUGCAGUGUGUAGUUUAGUAUUGAUGCAGUGUGUAGUUAGUAUUGAUGCAGUGUGUAGUUUAGUAUUGAUGCAGUGUGUAGUUAGUAUUGAUGCAGUGUGUAGUUAGUAUUGAUGCAGUGUGUAGUUAGUAUUGAUGCAGUGUGUAGUUUAGUAUUGAUGCAGUGUGUAGUUAGUAUUGAUGCAGUGUGUAGUUAGUAUUGAUGCAGUGUGUAGUUUAGUAUUGAUGCAGUGUGUAGUUUAGUAUUGAUGCAGUGUGUAGUUUAGUAUUGAUGCAGUGUGUGGUUUAGUAUUGAUGCAGUGUGUGGUUUAGUAUUGAUGCAGUGUGUGGUUUAGUAUUGAUGCAGUGUGUAGUUUAGUAUUGAUGCAGUGUGUAGUUUAGUAUGAUGCAGUGUGUAGUUAUUGAGCAGUGUGUAGUUUAGUAGGUGUGUAGUAGUUGAUGCAGUGUGUAGUUAGUAUUGAUGCAGUGUGUAGUUAGUAUUGAUGCAGUGUGUAGUUAGUAUUGAUGCAGUGUGUAGUUAGUAUUCACAUACAUCGCGGAUGAUGUGUCCAGGAGCAUCAAUAGAUGUAUUCAUUCAAUCAUGCAGUGUGUAGUUGUUUAGUUUUUAACCCUGUCCCGUUUCGUGUCUGUGUGGCACGUUAGUGGUCCUGGUGCCGCCCUGCGACCCGCUCCUCUCCCGCCCAGCAUCACUGAGGAGCCCAGCAGCCUCUCCUCUCCUGACUCGACCCCGGCCCCCAGCCUCAACACCACUCAGGUAUUGGCCUGUUCCUCACUUAUCUUGUUCGCAGACACUUCCGCCCAAAUGUGCGGAAGGUCUGGUAGAAUUGCGACGUUAAUAUUGGCCUUCGUUAGGAUACAGAGUGGCGGGAGAUUUCUCCCGGGUCAUUACUCAUUGGUUUAAAGGCCCAGUGCGGUCAAAAACGUAAUUUUCCUGUGUUUUAUAUAUAUAUUUCCACGCUGAGGUUGGAAUAAUACUGUGAAAUUGUGAAAAUUAUGAUAAAUAGCCUUUUAGUGUAAGAGCAGUUUGAAAAGACCGCCUGAAAUUUCUGCCUGUUUUGGUGGGAUGGAGUUUUGGCCUGUCUGGUGACAUCACUAGGCGGUUAAUUAGUUUAUAGACCAAUAAGAGAUCCAAACCUCUGCUAAUAACAGCUCGUUUUCAGUUUUCCUCAGACCACUCCCAGACAGUCCUAGAAAAAUUCUUGCUUCAGGAGUUGCUAUUUGCUAAGAAGCUAUUUUUGUUUCUUUUUGACCAUUUUAAUUGAAAACAAUCUUAGUAAGAUACUUAAUUGUUACCCAGAAAUUAUGACAUUGAGAUAAAAAAAAAAAAAACUACUGUUACAUUGGACCUGUAAUCGGCUUAAUCUACCAACCAAUCAUUUCCCACAACACCUUCCCCCACGUGUCUUGUGCCUGUCGUAUCGGUCCGACGUCUUGGUUGUCGUAUCGGCCCGACGUCUUGGUUGUCGUAUCGGCCCGACGUCUUGGUUGUCGUAUCGGCCCGACGUCUUGGUUGUCGUAUCGGCCCGACGUCUUGGUUGUCGUAUCGGCCCGACGUCUUGGUUGUCGUAUCGGCCCGACGUCUUGGUUGUCGUAUCGGCCCGACGUCUUGGUUGUCGUAUCGGCCCGACCUCUUGGUUGUCGUAUCGGCCCGACCUCUUGGUUGUCGUAUCGGCCCGACCUCUUGGUUGUCGUAUCGGUCCGACGUCUUGGCUUUAAACUCUUAUUGGGAUAGUUUUCUCCACAAGCGCGACACACGUCGACCUCAGAUUUUAGGGGUGUACAUUUUACAUUUACAUUUACGUCAUUUAGCAGACGCUCUUAUCCAGAGCGACUUACAGUUAGUAAGUGCAUACAUUUUUCAUACUGGCCCCCCGUGGGAAACGAACCCACAACCCUGGCGUUGCAAGCGCCAUGCUCUACCAACUGAGCUACAGGGGACCUGUAGUCUUUGUUCUUCUCGUGAAGCCACUCAGUAGCUACAGUUGAAGUCGGACGUUUACAUCCACCUUAGGUUGGAGUCAUUAAUACUCGUUUUUCAAACACUCCACACAUUUCUUGUUAACAAACUAUAUUAUUAUUAUUAUUAUUCUGACAUUUCACAUUCUUAAAAUAAAGUGGUGAUCCUAACUGACCUAAGACAGGGAAUCUUUACUAGGAUUAAGUGUAAGGAAUUGUGAAAAACUGAGUUUAAAUGUAUUUGGCUAAGGUGUAUGUAAACUUCUGACUUCAACUGUAGCUAUGUCCUUUGCUAGUUGGAAGGUAUGAAAUAUUUUGUUCUUCUCCCUUUUGAGGUUAGGGAGAAUGUUUUUGCUAGCUUACCAAGUUCCUACCAAAGUCCUGCCUCCAUUUGGAGCCACGCCUCACAGUCGAAUGAUUCGCUAAAAUGUAAUAAUGACAAAUACUUUACUCAGUAAUGUCAUCCCCAAAUAAUUCUAUGGUCACUCCCACUAAGGCCAGCUUUGAAUGGUUGAUUUACCAGGCUUAUAUCCGCUGUGCGAGGUUAGUUCGUCACCAACACGCAGAACACAAGAUACAAACCGGGGGCCAAGAUAUAUGGGGCCAGAUCCUAACCUGAGAUGCAUGCAAAUCAUAUUUUGGUGUAAAUCUUCCAUAAGAUUUCAUGAAAGUCAGACAUGUGGAUCACUGAAGAUGUUUUUGCUAUCUACAGGCCAACUCAAAGCAGUUCCUUGUGAGCAGUGCUACAGAAUGUCUUCAAGAGGAGAGCCAGACCUCCGGUGAGUACUAAUCUAGAGGUAGACUGAUGUGGUAAGAUUUUAAUUUACUGGACAUUUUAGAACUUUACCGGACAUGUUAACGGAUUAGGUGCUCAAAAUCACAUUCCGAUUAUUGUACUUAAUCUUAACAGAAUAGAAAUUAGCCUGUGAAGUUAUGGUCCUCUGUAGCUCAAUUGGUAGAGCACGGCGCUUGUAACGCCAGGGUAGUGGGUUCGAUCACCGGGACCACCCAUACGUAAAAAUUUAUGCACACAUGACUAAAGUCGCUUUGGAUAAAAGCGUCUGCUAAAUGGCAUAUCAUUAUUUUUUUAUAAAAAAAAUUUAUAAAGUAGAACGAUGUUCUCAUACCAACAUGACGGGUUUUAUUGAAAAGCGAAACGUCGCCCGCUGCUUCUUCACCCCUGCUAUAAAUCAUAAAUGAAUAUCAUUUUAAAGAAAUAACUACCAAAUAUAAUAUUCGUAUAAUGUAAUUUGCGAACGACCUGGCCUAAAGGCUAUUUGUUAUUUAAAUAAUAAAUAACAACACAGCUGUUUUCAAAAACAAUCUAGGACUUUCUAAUUUAAUUUAGCCUAGGCUGAAUUAGCCCUAAUAAAUAACACAACAUGGUUGUCUAGGAAACACCAGGGCCGGCCGGUCAAGGCUAGAAGGGAUCCAGCUUUUGUCAAAUUAACGUCAGAUUUGACUUUUCGUAGCAGGUUAGGAGAAUUAACGUAGCAGGUUAGGAGAAUUAACGUAGCAGGUUAGGAGAAUUAACGUAGCAGGUUAGGAGAAUUAACGUAGCAGGUUAGGAGAAUUAAUGUAGCAGGUUAGGAGAAUUAGGUUAAAGUUAGGAAAAGGGUUAGGGUUGGCUAAAAUGCAGAAAAUAUCAACUUUUGACGUUAAUUUGAUAAAAGCUGUGGCUUGGCCGGCCCCCCCCACUCCCCAUUUCCGCUGUGAGUCAGCACCACAGCAGUGGGAAAGGGGGACACUCACUAGGCAGCCACAAAAUGAAGAAAUUAUCAAAUUGAUGUUGGACAAUCAAAUUCGAUAUGUAAAUAAGGGAAAUUCAUAAAACAUAAGCUCUUUCUCAAUUAACCAGCCUGUGAAAUAAGGCCUGAGCCAAUGCAUUUAUGAAAGCACUCGUUUCCAAAGCUCAAAUGAUAUCUCUCUUAACAUUUAUUAACAUCCAGUAGAACUGUAAUGGUUAUUGUAAUUUGAACUGUCGUGACUCGUGUCGUGUGAUGUAAGUGGCUUAUUGAUAACAACACUGUUUCCUACUAUAGACAGUUGGCUGUCUAAUGAUUACAACAUUGUAACUCUAUCCGAUGUAAUAAGUUGACAACAAUGUUUCGUUUACAAGUGCUACUGUAUAAGCUCAACUGAAAUGCACCAAUUGCUCAUGAUACACAUCAUUACUCUAUCAAUCCAUUCCAAAUCGUUAUACUAUACGUGACACAGGGGCAGCAUAUGUUGAUCUUGCCUAGGGAGGCAGCAGAACUGCUGGGACCGGGUCUGACCAACACAAUCAUUUACUUGUGUUGGCGGCGGCAGACCUUGGCCUGCUCAAAGUGAGCCGCUGCUGUUGGGAAGUCAAAACUGUCCAACUCCUUGGAGCCGCUUGAUGCACAUCAGCCCCAUUACUUUGUCCUCAAGAAGGAGCGUUUGGGAGGACGUCUUUACUCUGUUUUGGAGAACGAAUCUCCUCUCGAAUGGCACACUGGAAACUGGGAUAGUCACCAUUAUUUUACAAUGGAUUUUCUUUUUCUUCAGGACAAUUUGGCGGCAAUCAUUUUAUAGGCUUUUCAUUUUUUGAAAUGGCCAAAAGCCAGCAUUUACCUACCGGCUAACAGAAACCCUGGUGUGGUGUAUGCUGUAGUGAGUGUGGUAUGAACCUGUUAUCUCUCGAUCUGCUGGUUGCUAAAAUAAUCCAGUCAGAGUGGUGAAGUGCCAUCCAGCGGGGCUAAAGAGGUCUGCUUAAUGAUGUGGGCUUGUCUGUCUGUCUGUCUGUUUUGCGGAUUGAUGGUCGGUCUGUCUGUCUGUCUGUUUUGCUGAUUGAUGGUCUGUCUGUCUGUCUGGUGGCUGGUUGACGGUUGCUGUAACAAUCCAGUGAGGGGUGUGAAGUGUCAUCCAGCAUCUUUAAAGCGGCGCUCCUCUUCGGUCCAGCAGACUCCCCAACCCCGCCCCCCCCUACGCAGCCGCAAAACCAUAGCUGUACUACACUGGAGAGAUACUCUGGGAGGUGUGUGUGUGGUCGAUCCACCACAGCAUUGAUUACUGUGACUCACCUUGUGUCAUGGGGAAGCUAGACUCUGUUCUCUGUAUCUUUUGUCUCCAUCUCUCACUGGGUUCCACCGUCUGGGUUCCACCGUCUGGGUUCCACCGUCUGGGUUCCUCUGGUGAUGGCAGCCUGGUCUGAUUAUAGACCACACGGGGUGAUAAUCUGGCUUCUAGAAUGCACUGUGGUACUUUAUGCUACAGUAUACCAGCGUUUCUCAAUCCUGGUCCUGGGAACCCAAAGAUGUCCACUCCUGGACCAGGAUUGAGAAACAGUGCCGUAAACAACCCUUAGUGUUAUUGACCUGUAGUCUUUAUGUUCCAACCCUCAGUGUUAUUGACCUGUAGUCUUUAUGUUCCAACCCUCAGUGUUAUUGACCUGUAGUCUUUAUGUUCCAACCCUCAGUGUUAUUGACCUGUAGUCUUUAUGUUCCAACCCUCAGUGUCAUUGACCUGUAGUCUUUAUGUUCCAACCCUCAGUGUCAUUGACCUGUAGUCUUUAUGUUCCAACCCGUCAGAUGUGACAGAUAAGACCCUGAGGUCUCAGUCUAGUGGUCCACCAUCAUCAUUCAGCUCCACCCUCAAACCCUCCCAGCCCGGGUUGGACAAGGAGCCCCUGACCCGGCCUCCUCGCCAGAGCUACAUGGGAACCACCACCAGCUCCAGAGCCAAGAGGUCCCAGGGUGAGGGCCUGAACAUCUCCCCGACUGAGGAGCACCCUGCUGGAGGGAAGAUCGUGGAGGCGAGAGCCUCAUCCCUCCAGGACCUCCAGAACAUUACAGACCCGGAGUGCAAGGAUAAUCUACCACCCUCUGCCCAGCCCCCUGUAUCCCACACCACCACCACCACUUCCUCAGUGGAGCCUCCUGCUCCUGCCAGCCAGCCUCCCUCCGUCCCUCCUUCUCCUGCGGGGAACCACAGAGCCAGAGCAGCUCUCCACCUGGACCUGGCUGUGCCCUCUGACCCCCCCACCCUAACCCUCCCCUUCCCUCUGGCCUCCCACAAGUCCCAGAGGGGGAUCGGAGACUCAACUCGCCCGGCACGCCACGCCCUGGUCACCCCCACUGAGAUGCGUUCUUUGGGGAAGGAGGCGAAGAGGUACCUCCGUAACAUGGAGGACAGCCUGGGGCCACGGGGAGGAUCCUCAGGGCCCCGCAGCAGCCUGGCACCGGCCCCCACCCCCGCCAUGGCCCCGGCCCCCACCCCCGCCAUGGCCCCGGCCCCCACCCCCGCCAUGGCCCCGGCCCCCACCCCCGCCAUGGCCCCGGCCCCCACCCCCGCCAUGGCCCCGGCCCCCACCCCCGCCAUGGCCCCGGCCCCCACCCCCGCCAUGGCCCUGGCCCCCGCCAUGGCCCCGGCCCCCGCCAUGGCCCCGGCCCCCACCCCCGCCAUGGCCCCGGCCCCCCGUCUGAGCCCAACCCUCCCUCAGGCCCAGCUCACUGAGAGCCCCUCCCAUCUGCCCCUGCAGCAGCAGGCUAGCGACAGUCCUGGUUCUGCCUGUUCUUUCCCUCUCCAUGGUGACUCUGGUCUCCAUGGUGACUCUGGUCUCCAUGGUGACUCAUUAGAGGAAACGCUGAACCUUCAGAUGUGUCACCAGGUGGCCAACGAGUUGAGGCACACCAUGAGAAGGGCCAUCACAUUCUACAACAAGGUCAGAUUACAAACUAAUGAAAACAAUAUUCACUAGCUUUUCAAAGAUGCAUGUGUUAUCAACUUCAACCAGCCUGUCAAACGUUUCAACUAAGCCUUUAUCCUUUAAAGGGAUACUGCUGAUGUAGAGAGUUGAGUGGUUUAUCUACUUAGCCAGAGAGUCAGAACUCAUGGAUACUAGUUGUCACUGCGUCCAGUUUGGAGAUUAUUGAAGUUAGCAUGUCGUUAGCUUAGCGCAAAUGCUUUUAGUCUCCCGGUACAGUAGCCAGCUCCUCUCAAAAGCAGGGGAAUAAACUUUCUAACUACUCCAAUGAUGGGUGGUUGGUCAUUUAUAGUCUUACAAAGCAAUGCAUAGUAAUCGAUAUUUUAUACAUUUGUUAAUUUCACUGAUAAUCAUAAAAUACCAGAUUAAAUUCACUUCUCAUUCUUUCCCCGUUCCGUUGUCGCGUAGAGAUGUAGAGGGAUCGCAACAUUAUAUCUGUCCCAUUAUGGCGUCUGAGCGCACGGACACCGCCACCGAGACCGAUACAACGUUGUCUCUCUGUCUCUGUUCUCUCACAGGUCCGCUGCAUUACAGACGGCCCAGAGCAGCAGGGCCAGAUGUCGGCCAUUUUAAAAGAGGCCUUCUGUGUUGCGCAGACGGAGCUGGACUCUCUGGUUCCUUCAGGUCCGAGGUCAGCAGCAGGUCACAGCGCCCCCUGUCCCCCGGAGGACUCUCCAGGUCGCCAGCUGAGAGAUGACCGGACCGUGGCUCUAUUGGAGAAAUACUCUGAGAUGCUG